GCUUAGUGGCCAGAGCUAAGGCGGGGGCGGGGAGGACCCGUGCUCUGCCUGCGGGAGGUGGCGGAGUUAUGUUUGGCUGCAUCUGUAGUCGGAGAUUUCCUGUGAUGCGGUUUCGGCCAGAUGUGACAGAAAUCUAAGACAAGUGUAACCUUUCCACCAGUCUGAGUUACAGCAAGAAGGGCAGGGUUCAGUGCCUGGGGGUUCGGUUUCUAUAACAGGGAAUAGCGGUUCAGAAAGUGACAGACGUAGGAGAAUGAGUGUGGCUGACAGCAAAUGUUUCCACCUGGUGCAACAACCUAAUCUAGCAAUGUUGAUCUCCUAUAACAUGUUGCACACAUGUAAACAUUAUAUAAAACAUAUUGCUUAUAUGCUCAUUAAUAGUGGCAGCAAUCAGCCUUAGGAUACCUCUAAAAUAAGUUUGCAAUUAUGACUCUUCUGUAGAAGUAACAGUAUGUUUAUAAGGCCCUCCUGUUAUGCUCUUAAGAAAAAAGAAAAGACUGGCAGCUUUUUGAGCUAGCGACUUUGGCCAGGAAACACCAUGGCCCACACUACCAUUUCUGCAGCUUUUGCUAUUCCUCAGUUACUGAGAGGUACUGCUCGUAUUUCCCCGCUUCGUUCUGCAUUGUUACGGUUGAAGUACUCUGCUUUGUGUUCCUGCACAAUGAAUGGCACAAUGAAAUCCAAAAAGAAAACAGAUCAUCUGGAGAGAACGGCAAAUAACUUUCGACAGGAGGUUAUUUCUCCAGCAAAAGUGUGUGGCAUCACCAAUGAAUCUGAAACAGUUAAAAGACUUCGCUUGGCUGUCACAAAUAAGGAUUUUACUUUUAAAGCAGGACAGUGGGUAGAUUUCUUUAUUCCUGAAGUUGCCGUAGUUGGUGGGUUCUCAAUAUGUUCCAGCCCUGGUCUACUGGAACAAGAUGGAGUAUUGGAACUGGCAGUAAAACAUAAUGUACAUCCUCCUGCUCACUGGAUUCACACUCAGUGCUCUCUUGACUCAGAAGUGGCUCUGCGAGUGGGAGGCAAUUUCUUCUUUGAUCCUCAACCUGCUGACUCCCCUGUAAACCUUGUGCUGAUAGCAGGGGGAGUAGGAAUCAACCCAUUGUUUUCCAUACUGCUACAUGUAGCAGAUUUUCAUAGAAAUCAAGAAAGUGAAAAAAAUGGGUAUAAAAUGGGAACAGUGAAGCUGUACUAUAGUGCAAAAAACACAAAUGAACUCUUAUUUAAGAAUAAUAUCUUUGGUUUGAUGAACGAAUUUCCUGGAAAGAUCACAUGUAGUUUCCAUGUUACUCAACAGAGUUCACAAAUCUGUGAAGAACUUCAGCCAUAUAUCACUGAGGGAAGAAUAUCUGAAAAGGAACUAGAAAAACAUGUGUCUAAGGAUACUUUAUGGUACAUCUGUGGUCCACCUCCAAUGAUAGAAUCUAUAUCCAAACUACUAGAAAACUUUGGUGUUCCUACAGACUGCAUUUACUUUGAAAAGUGGUGGUAGCAACAGCUACUUAGCAGAAAAUAAAAACUGAAAACAACUAAUCUAUGUAUUUUAAUAAAUAAGAAGUGCCUGAAAUGCACAGAAGAUGGACUCUACUAUGACCUCACGGACUGUAAGAUUUCACUAUACGCACAUGAAAUCUUCUUGUAUCUAAUAACAAUUCCUAAAUUAUCUUAUUAUGCACUCUGAUUUGGGUCAUUAUUGCUUUUGGAAAAAAACUGUAUUUUAUAUUAAAGACAUGAGCCAUUUGAUUUUUGUAUUUCACUCAUUUGCUACUGAUUGAUUUGUGUAGUACUCUUUUUUUUUUUUUUAUUAAUUAGGCAGCUUUUUAAACAUUCAAAUACUGUUUUCAUUACGACUGUAACUUGCAAUUAACUAAAUGUGUAAAAAUGACCAGAUGUAGUUUGUAAUGUAUUAAUUCCGACCAUAAUUUUGUAAGCUAAGCAAGGCCAGACUAGGUCACUAGUUGGUGAGGGUCUCCUCUCCCAGCUGUUGCAGGUAGUGAUAUUGACACAAUACCAAUAUUGGCACAAUUCCCAGAGUCCUAUUUAGAUGCUGCAGCCUGAUGAGGGUGCUGUUUUCCUGCAACUACUCUUCUUUGAAUGAGAUGUAAAACAGGUCUUGACCACUUCUGGGUAUUAAAGAUCCUAUAAUAUUUUCAAAAGUCUAGAGCAGUCUCACCUUCUCUUGGGCUUAUUCUAAAUUACAUUCUGCUUAUCUAAACUUACUUUUAUUUAAUUGGAUAAAUUUACCCAUUCACUUUCUGUU